UUCCAUUUCUCCCGACAACCCUGGUGACCAUCUCAAAACCCUAACCCUGGUUAUCGUAUUUUUCCCUCCAUGGCCGCCUCCAAGCCCAUCACUCGCCCGUUAGUCUCUGUCCAGUUCCUUGACGGCGACAUGGCCACCGACAGUGUCGCCACCGCCUUCUUGCCGGACGUGUUGCGCUCCCCGAUCCGCCCCGACAUUGUCCGUUUCGUUCACGAUAACCUCUCUCGAAAUAAGCGUCAACCCUACGCUGUCUCGAGGCGUGCCGGCCAUCAGACCUCAGCUGAGUCGUGGGGUACCGGCCGCGCCGUCUCCCGUAUCCCUCGCGUUCCCGGCGGCGGUACCCACCGAGCCGGCCAGGGUGCCUUUGGAAACAUGUGCCGUGGUGGUCGCAUGUUUGGCCCCACCAAGAUCUGGCGGCGCUGGCACCGCCGCGUUAACAUCAACCAGCGCCGCUAUGCAGUUGUCUCCGCCCUAGCCGCCUCAGCCGUCCCUUCCAUAGUCCUAGCCCGCGGUCACCGCAUAGAGUCUGUUCCGGAGCUCCCGCUCGUUCUCUCCGACUCCGUUGAGUCCAUUGAGAAAACAUCCUCGGCCAUCAAGAUCCUUAAGCAGGUCGGAGCCUAUCCGGAUGCUCAAAAAGCUAAGGAUUCACUGGGGAUCCGCUCCGGGAAGGGAAAGAUGCGCAAUCGUCGCUACAUUUCUCGCAAGGGUCCUUUGAUCAUCUAUGGAACUGAGGGUUCCAAGAUCGUCAAGGCCUUCAGGAAUCUACCAGGAGUUGAGGUUGCCCAUGUCGACCGCCUGAAUAUUUUGAAGCUUGCUCCAGGUGGUCAUGUCGGGAGGUUCAUUAUCUGGACCAAAUCGGCAUUUGAGAAGCUGGAUGAGGUAUUUGGCACCUUUGAGAUUCCUUCAGAGCUGAAAAGGGGUUACGUUCUACCUAGGCAGAAGAUGACCAAUGCUGAUCUUAGUAGGAUCAUAAACUCUGAUGAGGUGCAGUCUGUUGUGAAGCCGAUCAACAAGGAUGUCAAUAGGAAGACGGUGAAGAAGAACCCUUUGAAAAAUCUCAGCGCUAUGCUCAAGCUUAAUCCAUAUGCAAAAACGGCAAAGAGGAUGGCACUGCUUGCCGAGAAACAGAGAGUGAAGGCCAAACAGGAGAAGCUUGACAAGAAGAGGAGUCCGCUUACCAGGGUAACUUUGCUUGUUUAACUGACCAUAAUUUGUUUCUAUUCCUGCUGCCUAAUUUCUUACACAAUAAUGCAGUUUAGGUAUUCUUUGUAUUUGUUAAUUCUUAAUUCUCAUUGUUGCUAAAUGCCAUGCGAAUGCUAUAAAGCUAAUGUGAUCAUUGCUUGUCGUAUGAUUUUUUCCAUUCGUGAAUGCGCUAUAGCUCCAUGAUCUGUGCU